UGUGGUGUGCAGCCCAGAGGUUUGACAAAGCCCCAGCUGUGCGUGGCUGGAUUUUCAGUUUUAGGGGUAGGAUGAGCAAAGCCAGAACUAUUUGGGAAGUACUUGGUGGUGUUGUCCAUCUGUGGCUCACCAAGCUCACCCACCCGGCAAGGAGCCCGGAGCUGGUCCCCUCUCCGCUCACCUCUCUCUCCACCUUCUCCCCUCGCCCACAGGUGCUGGUGAACCUCAACGACAUCAACGACAACUGUCCCACCUUCCCGCGGCCCUACGAAGGUCCCUUCGACGUCACCGAAGGGCAACCUGGCCCGCGCGUGUGGACCUUCCUGGCCCACGACGGCGACUCGGGGCCCAGCGGGCAGGUGGAGUACAGCAUCGUCGCUGGGGACCCUCUUGGGGAGUUUGUGAUCUCCCCGGUGGAAGGGGAGCUGCGGGUGCGGAAGGAUGCCGAGCUGGACCGGGAGAACAUCCCCUUCUACAACCUCACCAUCGCCGCCCGGGACCGGGGCGUGCCCCCGCUCAGCUCCACGAUGGUGGUGGGCGUGCGUGUGCUGGACAUCAACGACAACGACCCCGUGCUCCUCAACCUGCCGAUGAACCUCACCCUCAGCGAGCACGCCCCCGUCUCCAGCUUUGUCACCCGUGUCCUUGCCCGGGACGCGGACAAGGGGCCGAACGCCCUCCUCACCUUCGAUAUCACCGCCGGCAACACGGAGAGCGCCUUCUACAUCAACAGCACCACCGGCAUCAUCUAUGUGAACCGCCCCUUGGACCGGGAGCGGGUGGCAGAGUACAGGCUGACCAUCACGGUGAAGGACAACCCCGAGAACAUACGCAAUGCCAGGCGGGAUUUCGACCUGCUGGUCAUUUCCAUAGUGGAUGAGAACGACAACCACCCCCUCUUCACUCAGAGUUCCUACCAGGCCGAGGUGAUGGAGAACUCGCCCCCGGGGACUCCGCUCACUGUGCUCAAUGGACCCAUCCUAGCUCUGGACGGCGACCAGGGCAGCAACGCCGUGGUGACCUACGAGCUCUUGGGGACAUCCCCGGACCUCUUCGUUAUCAACAACAGGACAGGUGUCAUUUCGGUGAAGCCUGGUGGUGUGGUAGACCGAGAAGCUUUGUCAGACCCUCUGCUGGAGUUCACGCUGGUGGCCCGUGACAUCGGGGGGCUGAACAGCACCGCCAGCCUCACGGUGACCGUCCUGGAUGACAAUGACAACCGGCCCAUCUUCCAGCCCGUGUCUGUCACAGCACGGCUGCGGGAAAACAGCCCCCCAGGCUUUUCCGUCCUCCGCGUGACAGCCACGGACGCGGACAGUGGCCUCAACAAACAGCUGGAUUACCGGAUCGAAGGCGGGGGCCAGGACAGGUUCCUGAUUGACGCCGCCACCGGGGUGAUCCGGGUGGCCAACCUCAGCAUCGACCGGGAGGAGCGGGACGCCUACCGGCUGACGGUGGUGGCCGUGGACCAGGGCACGCCGGUGCUCUCGGGCACCGCCACCGUCAGCAUCAUCAUCGACGACGUCAACGACUGCCGGCCCGAAUUCGUCAACCCCAUCCAGACGGUCAGCGUGCCUGAGUCAGCCGCCCCUGGCACCGUGGUGGCCGAGGUGACCGCCAUCGACCGGGACCUCCAUCCCCGCCUGGAGUACUACCUGCUGGAGAUCGUGGCCCGUGACGACACGGACGCGCUGGUGCCCAACCAGCAAGGAACGUUCACGGUGGAUUUUAGGACAGGAGCUGUGAAGAUCAAAACCCCUCUCAACAGAGAACUAGUGGCCACGUACGAGGUCACCAUCUCUGUCCAUGACAAUGCCAGUGAAGUCAUCGACCGCUCGGUCAGCGUGCCCAAUGCCAAGCUGACGGUCAACGUCUUGGACGUCAACGACAACACGCCCCGCUUCCGCCCGUUCGGGGUCACGUACUUCACCGAGCGCAUCCUGGAGGGAGCCACGCGGGGCACCACACUCAUUUCCAUCUCGGCCGUGGACCCAGACAAAGGUGCCAAUGGGCAGAUCACCUACGAGCUGCUGGACCUCUCCCCAGAAGGCUACGCCUGCCUCGAGGACCAGUCAGCAGGGAAGGUCGUGGCCAACAGGACGGUGGACUAUGAGGAGGUGCAGUGGCUGAACUUCACCGUCCGCGCUUCCGACAACGGCUCUCCCCGCAGAUCGGCCGAGAUCCCCGUGUACCUCCAGAUAGUUGACAUCAACGACAACAACCCCGUUUUCAGCCAGCCGUCCUACCAGAAAGCUGUCUUUGAGGACGUGCCACUGGGUACGGUCAUCCUGAGGGUCAAGGCCACAGAUGCGGAUUCGGGGCGUUUUGCUCUCAUCCAGUACAGCCUGGGGGAUGGAGAGGGCAAGUUUGGGAUAAAUCCCAACACGGGGGACAUCUACAUCCUGUCGGCCCUGGACCGGGAGAAGAAGGAUCACUACACGCUGACGGCUGUGGCCAGGGACAACCCUGGGGACGUCCCCAGCAACCGUCGGGAGAACUCGGUGCAGGUGCUGAUCACCGUCCUGGACAUCAACGACUUCAGGCCCCAGUUCAGCAAGAGCCAGUUCAGCACCAGCGUCUACGAGAACGAGCCGUCGGGGACAUCAGUGAUCACCAUGACCGCAACGGACCUGGACGAAGGGGACAACGGCGUGGUGACCUACAGCAUUGAGGGCCCCGGAGCAGAGGCCUUCAAGAUCAAUAAAGACUCUGGGCUCGUCACGUCCCGGCGGCGCUUGCAGUCCUACGAGAGGUUCAACCUGACGGUGGUGGCCACAGACAAGGGGCAUCCCCCCCUCUGGGGGACCACCAUGCUCCACGUCGAGGUCAUCGACAUUAACGACAACCGCCCCGUCUUCGUCCGCCCACCCAACGGCACCAUCCUGCACAUCAAGGAGGAGAUCCCUCUGCGGUCCAACGUCUACGAGGUCUACGCCACGGACAAGGACGAGGGCCUCAACGGGGCGGUGCUGUACAACCUGCUGAAAACCGGGGCCGGGAACAAGGACUGGGAGUAUUUCAGCAUCGACGCCGUCAGCGGGCUGAUCCAGACGGCCAUGCGGCUGGACCGGGAGAAGCAGGCGGUGUACAACCUGAUCAUCGUGGCCUGCGACCAGGGCCAGCCGGCCUACGAGACCAUGCAGCCCCUCCAGGUAGCGCUCGAUGACAUCGAUGACAACGAGCCCGUCUUCCUCAGGCCACCCAGGGACAGUCCCCAGUACCAGGCGCUCUCUGUCCCCGAGCACUCGCGGCCCGGCACGGUGGUGGGCAAUGUGACCGGGGCGGUGGACGCGGAUGAGGGCUCCAACGCCAUCGUCUACUACUUCAUAGCAGCUGGGAACCGGGAGAGCAACUUCCAGCUGAGCCGGGAGGGGAAGCUGCAGGUCCUGCGGGACCUGGACCGCGAGAAGGAGCCCUUCUACUCCCUCAUCGUCAAAGCCUCCAGCCAGAGGAACUGGUCCCCGCCCCGGGGACAGCGUGCAGGCAGGGCACAGCCCUGGGACCUCAGCACAGACCUGACCCUUCAGGAGGUGCGGAUCUUCCUGGAUGACAUCAAUGACCAGUCCCCCCAGUUCACCAAGUCGGAGUACACGGCAGGGGUUGCCACAGACGCCAAGGUGGGAUCGGAGCUGAUCAGGGUCAUGGCGGUGGAUGCCGACGUGGGCAACAACAGCCUGGUCCUCUACAACAUCCUGGGGAUCCGCUACAUCAAGCAGCACUCCAACGACUCGGAGGAGGUGGCCAACAUCUUCAGCAUCGGAACCCUUGAUGGGAUCCUGAGAACCUUUGACCUCUUCACGGCCUACAACCCUGGCUACUUUGUGGUGGACAUCAUGGCCUCGGACCUGGUUGGCCACAACGACACGGCCAUCGUGGGGAUUUACAUCCUGAGGGAUGACCAGCGGGUCAAAAUCAUCAUCAACGAGAUCCCCGACAAGGUCAGGCAGUUUGAGGAGGAGUUCAUCAGCCUGCUGUCCAACAUCACAGGCGCCAUCGUCAACACAGACGAUGUGCAGUUCCACGUUGACAAGAAAGGCCGGGUGAACUUUGCACAGACAGAGCUGCUGAUCCAUGUGGUGAACAGGGAGACCAACCGCAUCUUGGACGUGGAGCGGGUGAUUCAGAUGAUCGACGAGAACAAGGAGCAGCUGAGGAACCUCUUCAGGAACUACAACGUGCUGGACGUGCAGCCUGCCAUCACCGCCCGGGCCCCGGACGACCUCUCGGCCCUGCAGAUGGCGAUCAUCGUGCUGGCCGUGCUGCUCUUCCUGGCCGCCAUGCUCUUCAUCCUCAUGAACUGGUACUACCGCACCGUGCACAAGAGGAAGCUGAAAGCCAUCGUGGCUGGCUCCACAGGGAACAGAGGCUUCAUGGACAUCAUGGACAUGCCAAACACCAACAAGUACUCCUUUGACGGGGCCAACCCAGUGUGGCUGGACCCCUUCUGCCGCACCAUGGAGCUGGCGGCGCAGGCGGAGCGCGAGGACGACCUGCCCGAGAACCUGAGCGAGAUCACCGACCUGUGGAACAGCCCGGCCAGGACCCACGGCACCUUCGGCAGGGAGCCCUCGGCCGCCAAGCCCGAGGACGACCGCUACCUGCGUGCCGCCAUCCAGGAGUACGACAACAUCGCCAAGCUGGGGCAGAUCAUGCGCGAGGGACCCAUCAAGCUCAUCCAGAAGGACCUGGAGGAGGAGGAGGAGCGCAGCCCCAGCCAGGGCAGCCUGCGCUUUCGGCACAAGCAGCCGGUGGAGCUGAAGGGUCCCGACGGCAUCCACGUGGUGCACGGCAGCACGGGCACGCUGCUGGCCUCCGACCUCAACAGCCUGCCCGAGGACGACCAGAAGGUGCUGGGGCGCUCGCUGGAGACUCUGACCGCCGACUGCGGGGGCUACGGCGACCACAACGCCCGCACCGAGUCGGCCAAGUCCACCCCCCUGCACAAGAUGCGGGAGGUGAUCAUGGAGAGCCCGCUGGAGAUCACCGAGCUAUGACCAGCGGGGCCCCUCGAGGCCGGCCGGGGGCGGCAGGGGACGAGCACGGAGCUGGG